UAUGGGAAUGAUUUCAAGGAAACACACACAUGUGAACAUGUCGGAAAAACAUGCCAUGAAGAAGCCAGGGGGACUUUCUAAAGAGGCCCAAGAGAGAGUUGACUGGAAGAAAUGGAAAACAGAACGGAAGGAGGAUAAGCGCAAACGGAAGGAGGAAAGACUCAUCACACAGCUGGAGAAACAGAAGAUGAAGGAGCUGGAGGAAAAAAAGGCUCAGGUGGAAGAGGAGGAGAAGAGUAAUGGUCGCUCAUAUACAUUGAGUGUGGCACUGCCGGGCUCUGUGCUGGACAAUGCACAGUCACCUGAGUUGCGCACGUACCUGGCAGGGCAGAUCGCUCGUGCCUGCACUGUCUUCUGUGUCGAUGAAGUAAUUGUGUUUGAUGAACAAGGAGAGGAUGUGAAAAACACUGAAGGAGAGUAUAAUGGUGUUGGGAAGAAAGGAAGAGCAUGUGUCCAGCUUGCACGCAUUCUCCAGUACUUAGAGUGUCCACAGUACCUGAGGAAAGCAUUUUUUCCUAAACAUCAGGACCUACAGUUUGCAGGUCUCUUGAAUCCUUUAGAUAGUCCACAUCACAUGCGUAUGGAUGAGGAGGCAGUGUUUCGGGAAGGCCUGGUCCUUGAUAGGCCCUGUAAGGCAGAAAAGGGCUCCUAUGUGGACUGUGGCAUGAGGAAGGAGGUUCAGAUUGAUAAGCAGCUUAAGCCAGGAUUAAGAGUAACGGUGAAACUCAACAAGAAUCAGGACUCGGGUGGUAAACGCUAUAAAGGUGUAGUGGUGGCUCCUCAUGUUCCCCGUACAGAAAAAGGGCUUUAUUGGGGUUACACUGUCCGACUUGCUUCCUGUCUCAGUGCUGUAUUUACUGAAUGUCCUUAUAAAGAAGGUUAUGACGUCACUAUUGGAACCUCUGAGAAGGGAAGCAAUGUAGACAACAUUACAAUAUCCCCAUUCAGGCAUAUGCUUGUGGUGUUUGGUGGUUUGGCAGGCCUGGAGGCUAGCGUUGAUUCUGAUCAAAACCUGGAUAUUUCUGACCCAAGUUCCUUGUUCAACCUGUAUCUCAACACAUGCCCUAUGCAGGGAAGUCGCACCAUACGAACAGAGGAGGCCCUUUUGAUCUCACUGUCUGUAUUGAGACAGAAAAUCGGAACAGUAUUUCCAGGUCCCUCUGAUUGAUGAUCACAGGAGUUGGCAUCACCAUCUGUCUUCCAACCACAAAAUAACAUCAUGGAACAACACCUCUUUCAAAACAACACAAUAAUUCAUUCCCUUUUCUUGGUGUGUAAGUUAGGAUGCUUUAUAUGGAGUAAAAGAAGGAGUAUGACAUGUACAUAUAAUAAUUUGAUAACAGUGGUAUUAAAUGAUAUGUAAUAAUCUGUGUCCAAAAAGUAAAGUUAAGAUGUGAUA